CCGCGAUGGACGACGUAGCCGAGGGGAAGACGCUGUUGCGGCUGCUGCAGCUUCCCUUCCUCCUGCUGCUGCUAGCGGCUGCCGCUGGCGAGGAGCUGUCCGCCGAAGAAGCUGUCCGGCUGGCGCAGCGGUGGUCUCCGGUUGUCCGGCUGUCACAGCAGGAGCGCUUCUUGCCGUCGUCUGCAGAGGCGUUCCUGGGCAGGAUGCGCGCCUGGCACCCCGGGCUGGGGGCACUGCCGGAGGACCAGCUGCCGCAAGGCGCCGCUUCCAGGGGCUUCUACCUGCUGCCCAGGGACUCUCUCCUCAACGCGAGUGAGCUGACGUCCGGCACGGAGCCGUGGCGCCAGCCGGUGCCGGUGUACGCGGUGGGCCGCAGGUGCGGGCGUGCGCCUGCGCCUGCGCAGCUGCAGGUGUCGGUGUGGCUGUUCUUCCCGUGGAGCCAGGGCAAGCGGCUGUGCGCCGCCGGGGGCCUGCCGCUGCCGCUGCCCGCCGCGCUCUGCCCGCACGCCCUCACGCAGGUCUUCGGCAGCCACCUCGGCGACUGGGAGCACCUCGCCUUCCUCUUCCCCAACGCCAGCUCGGCGCCGCGGCUGCUGCAGCUGUGGACGCACCACCGGUCUGCGGUGUACGGCUGGGAGCCGUCGCGCGACGCCUUCUCGCUGCUGGAGCCGGCCGCCGGCUUCCCCGCCACCGUCGCCACCACCGCAGACGGCCGGCCCAUCCUCUACGCCGCUGACGGCUCACACGGCCUCUGGGCCAAGCCAGGACGUCACGUGUUCGCGCCGGCGCUGGGCCUGUGGGACGAGUGCUCUGAGGGCGGCGAGUGGCGCACGUGGGAGCGGGUGUCGGCGCUGGGGGCGGCGCCGUGGAGGCGCUACCUGGGCCGCUGGGGGCCGCCGGCCGAAAAGUUAGAAAAGCUUGAAGACAGAGCAGAUGUAGCAUCUUUAAAGAAUGACACAACUCUAGCAGAAAAACUUGUACAUGAAUGCAAAUUAUGUGAUGAUUAUUUAGAUGAGAAGUUUGAGACAAUGACACAGAUCAUUUUAGAUAAUACAAAGGAACAAGUAAAGGGAGAAACAGAUAAUAUUCAGAAAGAGAAAACAUUCACAAAACAAUAG